GUGUUUUGUAUCAAACUUACUCAUAAAUUUAAAAAUAUAAUACUGUCAGCUAACAAUUUGUAUUUGUUUUUAUACAAAACUGUUUAUAUUCAGCUUGUAGUUUGACCCUUUUAGUGAGUUGUCUGGUAACAUGGCGACCAUGUUGAGCAGAGGUCUUACUCUAGCUGAAUCGAUUUCUAGGAAAAAUUGCGUUAAGCUACUGGGAGCGUCUCUGCCAUGGAGCCAGCAGCCCAAGAGGAACCUCAACGUCCACGAGCACAUCUCCUACACACUGCUGAACGAGGCAGGCAUCCCGACGCCCAAGUUCGGGGUGGCCAAGCAAAAGAAGGAGGCCGGUGAAUUAGCCAAGAGUCUGGGCAUCAAGGACAUUGUACUGAAGGCUCAGGUGUUGGCCGGUGGUAGAGGCAAAGGUCACUUCAAGGGCGGGUUGAAAGGAGGCGUCAGGAUGUGCUAUACACCAGAGGAGGCCGAGGACCUGGCUGGCCAGAUGUUGGGAGACUACCUGAUCACCAAACAGACUGGAGAGAAGGGACGGAUAUGUAACGCUGUCAUGGUCACUGAGAGAAAGUUUCCGAGGAGAGAGUUCUACUUCGCCAUCAUGAUGGAGCGAGCUUUCUCUGGCCCAGUACUCAUCGCCUCAUCACAAGGAGGUGUCAACAUUGAGGAGGUGGCAGCCGAGAAUCCUGACGCCAUCUUGUACGAGCCCAUCGACAUCACUCAAGGUCUGUCGAAGGACAUUGCGCUGAAGGUAGCAGACAAGGUGGGACUGCAAGAUAAGCGAGACCAGACUGCGGAGAUGCUGCUCAAGAUGUACGAUCUGUUUCUCAAAAAGGACGCUCUGCUGAUAGAGAUAAACCCCUACGCUGAGGAUCAGAACGGCAACUACUUCUCGCUUGAUGCCAAGAUGAGGUUUGACGACAACGCAGAUUUCCGACAGAAAGAGUUGUUUGCCCUGAGAGAUUGGACGCAAGAAGACGAGAAGGAGGUGGAAGCAGCAAAGUUUAACCUGAACUACAUUGCACUCGAUGGAAGCAUCGGAUGUUUGGUGAACGGUGCUGGGCUUGCUAUGGCCACCAUGGACAUCAUCAAGCUGCACGGAGGCAGCCCUGCCAAUUUCUUGGACGUCGGUGGAGGUGCCACUGCCCAAGCUGUCAAAGAAGCCUUCAAGAUUAUCACUGCCGAUCCUAAGGUUUAUGCUAUCAUGGUGAACAUCUUCGGAGGUAUCAUGAGGUGUGACGUCAUCGCCGAGGGUAUCAUUGCCGCAGCUCAUGAGCUCAAACUCAAAGUUCCCAUCAUUUGCAGACUGCAAGGCACCAACGUGGACGAUGCCAAAGUCCUGAUUGCGUCCAGUGGCAUGAAGAUUCUUCCUUGCGACAACCUAGACGAAGCAGCGAGGUUAGCUGUCAAACUGUCGUCUAUUGUCGGGCUCGCUCGUGCAGCUAAAUUGGACGUCAACUUUGAGAUGCCGCUUUAAGUACAUCUCUAGGUUGAGAAUCGUAUCUCAGCACGCGUCAGCUCCUAGCUUCCUUGCACCGUGUAUUUCGUCUUCAUCUAUAGUAUUCUCCCUUCUUGAUCUGUAUAAAUUUGUAUUAUAUAUUUAAAUAUAAAUUAUUUAAUAUAUUUGUUGGUUAACGUUAAUCAUUUUUUAAAUCUGCUUAACUCAUUUUAAAAGUUAUAAAUAUCCUGUGUAUUUAGCUUUACUUUGUUUUUAAGGAAUUUGUUGAAAACAAGAAGACCUUUACCCUUGGUUGAAAGCCUUGGCUUUGUAAAGGGAAUAAGUUAACCUUUUUAUAAAACUUUUUGUAUUAAAAUGAUUAUUUAAAAUUGUAAGUUAAACGAAGAACGAGUGGUAAGGACACAUUAUGUUGUGUAAAAUUUUAUCCUGCUUUAUUUUACCAAACCUAAAAUAUAAUAGAAAUGUUAUUUAUUUACCAUCAAACGAAUUAUUGUUAAAUAAUUAUUAAGUUAAAUUAAAAAAUGUAUAAAAUACA